AUGCCCGUUCUCGUCCACAACGAUUACACCAGCACAUCGGUCUCGGAAGUCUCUUGCGGGCUCUUGUUCGCCGCCCGUGCACUGGCCAGCACUGUUUUUGUCGUCUACUGGGGCGCCGACGACCCUGGGGAGCAGAAUAUGCUCGACCGCCGAUUUCUGCGGCUCGCCCUGGAGCGCUCGGUGGGGGCGACCGGUGCCAACGACUUUUGCGAUCUGUGGGUCGCAGUCGAGAUCUCGGAUGAAUACUGGCACUGGAAUAACGGACUCGAUGACGACGGCGUCAACAAGCCUGUAUCUGCAGGUACGCAAAAGAUGCAGCAGGCUAGCACGCAAGCGGGGGAACAGGCUGGUCAUAUGCGUAAGAGGGAGGCCAUAGUCUCCCAACCACCUGACGCGAUCCCCCAGAACGUAUUCACUAAAGCGAUGGCAUCGUACGGACCACCCGCCCUCGAUGUAUGGCGGCGUUUGUCCCGCCAGGUUCUACCACCCUCGUGA